AUGCAAACCCUAAAGCCUCAUGCAGCUCUCCUCGCCAGCCCCGGCAUAGGCCACCUCAUCCCCGUCGUGGAGCUCGGGAAGCGCCUCGCUGCCCACCACGGCCUCAACGUCACUGUCUUCGUGGUGGCAUCCGACUCGUCGAUCAAGGAAUCGCCCAUUUUCAGUUCGGCAUCGGCUCUGAACCGCCUGGAGCUCGUCUUACUCCCCCCGGUGGACGUCUCUGGGCUCAUCAACUCAACCACCUCGGCCGUGACCCAGCUAGCGAGGAUAAUGCGUGCGGCCUUGCCUUCUUUGAGGGCCGCAAUCUCCGCCAUGAGGGCACGUCCGUCGGUUCUCAUAGUCGACAUCUUUGGCACUGAAGCUCUCGCUGUAGCUGAGGAGUACGACAUGCUCAAGUACGUGUUCGUUACUACGACGGCGCGGUUUCUCGCGGCCUUCAUUCACUUGCCCAACAUAGACAGGAAGACAGAACAGGAGCAUCGUAUUUUGAAAAAGCCUCUGCAAAUUCCGGGUCUUGAACCGGUGCGGUUCGAGGACACCUUGAACUUGUUCCUGGACAACAUCGAUCAGUGUCUCUACGCAGAGUAUACCCGCUUUGGGAGUUUAAUCCCGACGGCCGAUGGAAUCCUGGUCAACACGUGGCAAGAUCUGGAGCCUUCUGCAUUGCAUGCGCUGGGAGAUGAGAAGUUCUUGGGUCGGGUCGCUAGGGCGCCGGUUUACCCGGUCGGUCCAUUGGUUAGGGCUGUUGAACCGGAUUCGAAGAGUAGGGUGAUGAACUGGUUGAACAUGCAACCCGUCGAAUCGGUCAUUUACGUUUCUUUUGGGAGCGGUGGGACGCUAUCCACGGAGCAAACCGCCGAGCUAGCGUGGGGGCUCGAGCUGAGCCAGCAGAGAUUCCUUUGGGUGGCGCGCCCGCCCGUGGACGACGACGCGUCCGGGAAUUUCUCCAACGUGUCCAACAGCCAGGACGGGAUGCCGAAUUAUCUCCCCGACGGGUUCCACACCCGGACCCACGAUAGGGGGAUGGUGGCGCCCAUGUGGGCCCCACAGGCCGAGAUCCUGGCCCACAAGUCCGUGGGAGGGUUCGUGUCGCACUGUGGCUGGAACUCAACGUUAGAGAGUAUAGUGAACGGAGUGCCCAUGGUGGCGUGGCCGCUCUAUGCGGAGCAGAGAACGAAUGCCGCCAUGCUGGUGGAGCAGCUCGGCACAGCGGUCCGGUCGAGGAUGAGGCCGGCCCACGGGACGAUCAGAAGGGAAGAGAUAGCGGACAUGGUUAGAAGCAUCAUGAGCUUGGAAGGGAAUGGAAUGAGGACCAAGGCCAAGGAACUGCAGCGUGCUGCAGCGGAAGCCAUACGCAAGGGUGGUUCUUCUCACAAUUCACUGACCCAAGUGGCCAAGGAAUUUGAAAUUAAGCUGCACGGCCAGGCUCUUGGUGAUUAG